AUGUUAGAAGAUACUCAAAAAGCUGACAAGAUUGCUCUGGCUAAGAAGAAGUUGAGAGAAUAUGAAAGUAGGAAACAUGCUGACAAUAAUCAAAGUAGUAACGUCUCAAGUGUGGAGGAUGGACGUAACUCUGUACUGAGUACGAGUUCCGCAAUAUCUUCAGAAGUGGUUAAGACAGGUUUGGAAGAUGAGAAAGCUGUUUCGAAGUUCGAAUCAAAUGGCAGUGUUCACAUAUUAUCCGACUCAGAGCUAGCUCAUUCGGCUAAUCCUGAGCAUUCUCCUUUCAGAAAUGAGCGAGAAAGUUUUAUAACGGAAAGAAAUAAUUUGAUAUCCAGCUAUAAUAGUUUAAAGUCACAGUUACAAGAAUUGCAUACUCACUACUCACAAUUACAUUCUGCCUACUCUCAAUUGACUACAAAUGGUUCCCAUCUUGCAACGGAAAAACAAGUUAUUCAACUUCAAAAGGUUAUCGCCGUUAUGGUGGAAGAAAAAACGGAUUUGAAUAAAGAGCUGAGAAAGUACAAAGAAGAACUGGAGACUUUACAAGUUGAAUUCGACAAGGCUUCUAGCGAGAAAAUCGAACCUUGCGUUCCUGAUCUUCCUAAGUUCUCUAAUGAUAGUUCGAAGCUUCUCGAAGCUGCUCAGAUAGAGUUAGACAAUCAACGGAAAGUCACAGCAGAAGCUCAAGCUCACCUCCUUGCUGUUCAACAUGAGAGAAGUGAAGCUCAGUCAAGAGUCAAAUUACUCUUCCGAGAAAAAGAAGAGCUCGAGUCUCAACUGGUCAAAACUCGUAAAGAUUUGCAGAUGAAGGAGAUCUAUUUAAAGCAAUUAUCCUCGCAUCAAUCUCCUAUCGUAGAGAGCGCUCAUGUAGAUGAAGCAGAGAUAAAACAGCUUCAUGAGAGAAUUUCGUCUUUAGAAGCUUUAGUGCAGGAGUUGACUUCUGAGAAAGAAACUGUUUGCCAAGAUUUGGAGUUGUCUCGCAAGAAUUACGAGAAGUACUGUAAUGAACUAUCGGAUAAGGCUACUCGGACCGAAGCAGAUUUAGAAACUGCUGAGCAAUCGAAGUAUAUGCUGGAAAUGAAAGUUACUGAACUUCAAACUCAAAUCAAUUUGUUGGUGCAGGAUAUGGAAGAGUUGAGAGCUAAGAAUGAGGCUUCAACACUUAUGGCUGAGAAUAAUGAAACGGCAACUAAGAAUACUCAGAUAAAUAGAGAAGAAGUUCAACGACAAGUUGUAGCUGUUGAAGAGAAAAUGAGCAGAAAGUACGAAUCUAAACUGAUCGAAAUGGAGGAAGCGCAUAGGAAGGAAAUAUCUGAAAAGGAAGCUGUUGUGAUGGAAAUGAGAAACAUGGUGACUGAUGCCCAAAUCCGUUAUAAAGAUUUGGAACAGCGGUUUAAGGAAUGCGUUCCAGACGACACUGAAUUGCUCUCAUUAUCCGACCAACUUCAAAAUGAGAAGGCUACCGUUUCUCGAGCUGUUGCUCAAAACAAAGAGUUGAAACAGUUGUUAUUAGAUACGGAAGACAGAUUGGUAGCUCUGACUGAAGAGAAACUUCAGUGUGAGUUAGGUAGACAAAGCGCUGAACAUUUGGUGAAAGAAUUAACACGGAAAUUGGAAGAGAUGGGUUCAAAUAUAGGCACAGAAGUUGCAAGUUUGCAAAAAUCUGAUAUUGAGAAGGAAGAAAACAGCAAUGAGUCAAAUGGGUUUGAUGAUUACAGAGAACGAGAACUGGAGUUGCGCAACGAGUUAGAGAAAGCUCAGCGAGAUCUCGCCGAGAUGCGAAACGAGUUGAGGCGAAGUAUCAAUCAAAAUCAGGAAAUGAACCAAAUCAUGAUGCUGAAUGCGGAAGAUGAGAACCAGAACAGUUUCCACGUAGAGUUAGGACAAGCUGUAGGAAGAAUCAACAUUCUAUCUUCCGAGAAUGAUCAACUCCGCGAGACUAUCAGUAACUUGACUCAGAAAUUGUUAACACCUGAUGAUCCCAAUUCCAAUACUCUGAAAGAAGAGAACGAGCGAAUGAAACAGGAACUCGAAGCGUUAAGUGAGAAGCUUCUUGGUCUUGAGGAGUCGAAAAAAUCUGAUAUGAAGGAAGAGCCGGUUUCCGAAAACUCUGUUACAACUUCAAACGACUAUCUCAAGUUAAAAGAGGAUUACGAAUGUUUACAACGAGAGUUUGUCAAAAUCACAGCAACGCUUUCUUCUUCUGACGAAAAGGCGAAGGCAUUGUCAACCGAGCUCGACUCUCUAAAAGAGCACAUCGUUAAUAAUCAAAGAGAAAUUAACCAACUUCGAUCGGUCACUGUACAAAAACUGUCUGAGCCACAAUUUACUCAAGAAAAUGUUGCUCCUAAACUAUCUUCUGAGGCAGUCGAUGCCGUUGUAGAGAUGCAAAGAAGAGAGGUGCAAAGCUCAAAUGAAACUAUUAAUGAGAAUUCAUCGCAAGUUGUUGGGAGUGAUGAAUGGGCAAGAGUUGAAUUGGAGAAAAAGUUCUCUCAAGCGAUGAGGAUGAAUGCCGAACUUCAAGAGAGUAUGGAACGCGUAGAGCACAUUAAUGUUCAGCUUCAAUUGGAAAAUGAUACUAUAGCUGAUCAUGUAAUUCUCUAUCAGCAUCAACGUCGUCUGAUUCGUGAACGCCUGAGAGCAAAAGACCUUCAGUUGGCUGCUCUGGAAACUGAACGUCAACGGGUAAUUGAGAGGUGUCAAGAGCUUCAGGAAGCUUUAGUGAACGUUUUAAGCAAAAAUACUAUUCCGAAGGAAGAGCCAGUUACUGAAAGUAUUGUGGCCAAAGUGAAAAGGAAAAGCUCUCGGACUUUCAGUCACAGUACAGUGGAUGAGUUGAGUGGCGACGAAGAAGUUGUCGUACCACCUGAAAUAGAACAGGAGCUGAAGAUAGCAGAAACCGAAGAUUUGGAGAAGCAGAACGUGAUCGAAGAGGAGAAAACAGUUGAAAAGGAAAAUGUUUCUGAAUAUUCCGAUCCAGACAUCAAACGUAUCUUCAGCAUAAUCAAUGACAUAAACGUUCCAUUACAAUCGAGGAGUAGCGAGAAACUACAAUGUACACAGUGUAUUGGAGAACUAAAACAUCUUUAA